GGGGUAAACUCGGAGCGCACGUCUCCCCUGCCGCGCACACACUCACAGCAAAAGUGAAGUGAAGAUGCCUCUUCUCUUCCAACCAAGAGUCCACCCCGAAAGCCAUUCAGUACUCCCUCUUCUCCUGACAGAUCGCCACACUGUCCCCGUCCCUGGCAUCCUGGAGGAACUUGCGCUGCCGGGGCUCGUCCAGCUCGGAUGAGGCGAGAGGAGGCACCAGAGAUCCGGAGCACCGUCAUCCCUAUAGCGUAUCCGUGGAAAGCUACCCGUCGGUAUGGGUGCGCUGACCAAAGGACCUUACCCCUCCAUAACGGCCCUCCUGCUUCUUGUUUAUUGCACAGCACCCGUGAUCCCAAAAGGUGCCACCAGUGAUGCUCAGCCUGACACUCUACCGUCAGUGCAGGGCACCCUGCCACACUUCAUCCAGGAGCCAGAGGAUGCCUACAUUGUCAAGAGCAACCCCAUCAAGCUGCGCUGUCGAGCUGCACCCGCCUUACAGAUCUUCUUCAAAUGUAAUGGGGAAUGGGUGCACCAGAACGAGCACUUUUCCCAGGAGUAUAAGGACCUCAACACUGGGCUGAAGGUGCGUGAGGUGAUGAUCAAUGUGUCCCGUCAGCAGGUGGAGGAUUUCCAUGGCCCUGAGGACUACUGGUGUCUCUGUGUGGCCUGGAGCCACCUGGGUACCUCCAAGAGUCGCAAGGCUACUGUCCGCAUCGCCUACCUGAGGAAAAACUUUGAGCAGGACCCCCAGGGGAAGGAAGUGCCAAUCAAUGGGAUGAUCGUUCUGCACUGUCGCCCUCCAGAGGGAGUGCCUGUGGCGGAGGUGGAAUGGCUAAAAAAUGAAGAACUGGUGAGUUCCCUGACUGACGACAACAUUGACACCCGGGCUGACCACAACCUCAUCAUCAACGAGGCGCGUCUGUCUGACUCGGGCAACUACACUUGUCUGGCCAGCAACAUUGUGGCAAAGAGACGCAGCGCCACAGCCACUGUGAUAGUCUUCGUAAACGGCGGCUGGUCCCUGUGGACGGAGUGGUCGCCCUGCAAUGUGCCGUGUGGGCGAGGUGUCCAGAAGCGAUCUCGAACCUGUACUAACCCAGCUCCUCUGAACGGCGGGGCUUUCUGUGAGGGCAUGUCCGUACAAAAGAUCACCUGCAAUGCACUCUGCCCAAUUGAUGGAGGCUGGGACGAGUGGAGCGAAUGGACCAUAUGCAGCAGUCAGUGCGAGAGACAGCGAAGUCGGGAAUGCAACUCCCCAGCACCCAGACACAGAGGAAAGAUAUGCGAAGGGAACAGCGAGGCCACUGAGAACUGCACAGAUGGACUGUGUACACAGAAUCGAAAGCUGCUACAUGACGUUAAACCUCAAAGUAUGGACAGCACCAAUGACGUAGCUCUGUAUUCAGGUUUGGGAGCUGGGAUUAUUGCUGUGGCAAUCCUCGUAGUGGCCGUCAUGCUGUACAGGAAGAACCACAGCGAGUACGGAGUGGAUGUCAUCGACUCCUCUGCGCUCACAGGCGGUUUCCAGUCUUUCAACUUCAAGACCACCAGACAAGGCAACCCGCUGCUUCUCAACUCCUCGAUGCAGCCUGACUUAACAGUGGGACGGACAUACAGCACUCCCCUCUGCUUCCAGGACAGCACAGACAAAGACCUCUUUGACCCCCUGCCAGACAUCAAGGUCAAAGUUCAGAGCUCCUUUAUGGUUUCACUAGGUGUGGCCGAGCGAGCGGAAUUCCACGCCAAAGCACCUGCCGAGACCUUCCCACGGGACUUGAGCCGGGACUACUGCAGCACCAUGGACAGACGCAAGAAGGGCCUGCUCACCCUCAACGGGCCCCUCAGCACUGCAAAAGAGCAGCUCAGGACCACGGGUGUGUUCGGCCACCCUGGAGGACGACUGGUGGUGCCAAACACCGGGGUCAGCCUGCUGGUGCCUCAUGGAGCCGUGGCUGAAAAUAUGUCCUGGGAGAUGUACAUGGUGAUCAAUCAGGGAGAGGCAAGUGUCCAAACACUGGAAGGCUGUGAAAUCCUCCUGGGUCCAGAAGUGAUGUACGGUCCUCCAGGCCUGGACCUCUUCUGCCCAGUGGCCAUGACCAUUGCUCACUGCGCUGAGGUGGACGCCGAGAACUGGAACAUCCAGCUCAAGAGAAAAACCCAGGACAGCAAAUGGGAGGAAGUGAUGUCAGUGGAAGAGGAGUCCACUUCCUGUUACUGCCUGAUGGACUCAUCGAGCUGCCACCUGCUGUUGGAUCAACCAGGCUCAUACGCCCUAGUGGGUGAGCCCCUGACGCAGGCUGCUGUCAAGAGGCUGAAGCUGGCUGUGUUUGGAAGCAUGGAGGCCAGCUCCAUGAACUACAGCCUGCGAGUGUACUGUGUGGACGACACACCGCACGCCUUUCAGGGAGUGGUGGCUGCAGAGAAAACCAGAGGGGGUCAGCUCCUCGAGGAGCCAAAGAUGUUGCCUUUCCGAGCCAACACCUUCAGCCUCCAGGUGUCCAUCCAGGAUGUUCCCCAGUUCCUGUGGAGCAUCAAACCCUUUACCACAUGUCAGGAAUUCUCCUUCCCCCAAGUGUGGUGCAGCAACCAGCAGCCCCUGCACUGUGCCUUCUCUCUGGAGAGAUACAGCCCUGCCACCGCCCAUCUCUCCUGCAAAAUCAGUGUGCGCCAGGUCAAAGGCCACGAGCAGAUUCUGCAGGUCUACACGGCUGUGGCUGAGACUGAAAAGGAGUCAGUUCCAUUUUUUAUGCAGACAGACUGCACCAUCACGUCCCAGACGGGGCCCAAGGCCUUCAAAAUCCCCCUGUCCAUCCGCCAGAGGAUCUGUGCCACCUUCGACACUGCCAACGCCAAGGGCAAGGACUGGCAACUCUUAGCCCAGAAACUCCACUUAGAUCGAAACCUGGGUUAUUUUGCGAAGCAGCAGAGUCCAUCUGCAGUCAUACUGAGCCUGUGGGAGGCUCGCCACCAGGACACUGCUGACCUUGACUCUCUAGCCAGCGCCCUAGAGGAGAUUGGCAAGAUCCACUCCAAAAGCUCCCCCAAGGACCAGGAAGAGCCGGAGUCUGACUUCAAUCACAUACAUGCGGGCACUCUCUGUGGAACAGACAAACUAACAACCAGUGAUGGACAACACACUGUGGCGGUCCGCUGGAAGGUCACAAGGUUGUCGGUGAAUAGACGGUGCGAGCAGCCAGCAUCCUGACCAAUCACAACAGGUCGAGGUGAGCCAAUGCCUGCUGUGGAUCUAUUCCUCUCUUUUAAGAAUCUGUCUGAUGGAUAGACUGUAAAUCUUUUUCUGCCUUCCCAUGUACGUUUUAAGUUAAUGUUUAACUUAUUUGUUCUUUAUUUCAAGUUAAAGCGUUCUCCUGUAAAUUCAUUUCCAGCUCAGAGGAGGGGGUGAGGGAAGGGAAGGGAAGGGGAGAAGGUGGGGGUUUAGGGGUUUCCUGAACUUUGUGUCCAUUAUUUUCUGAACCUGUGUUAGAAGAGAAGGGAGCUCCUUUUCCCCUAGGACUGUCCCUGCCAUUCUCAGUGCUCCACAGGGCUGCUGGACGGGGCACAUUUGCAUAGAGGUUCUUAUAUGCAAAUAAGGUGGGAUAACUGUGGCAUCAAUUCAGAGUCACCUGUGUUUGAUCUUAAUUCCUUUUUUCCCACACCAUUUCCCUGUGUCAAGGAAUGAAUGAGGACUUAAAAACUACUUUUUUGACGUCUAAUAUAUUUUGAAACCGAAGCUGCUGAUUGCUUAAAUGUUGUUAUUGUGAACUUUUAAAGCCAAGUAUCUUGAAAUUCAGCCAUUUUCAUCUCCCUCAAAAAUAAAAAAGAGUUAUUAUAUGGGAAAUUUGGCAGUUCUGAUAGACAACCAGCAUUACAAAAAAAAAAAAAAUGUUUAAAAAAUUGAUAUUGGCCCCAGUCUAACCAGAAGGACAGCAUAGUCAGAUGGUGACUUCUCACAUCCAUAUGGAAAAAAAAAGACGCAGUCGUGGCAAAUGUGGCAGAGUGAGAUUUCUAACCAUGGCAUUACGGUUCAUUACAGUUUCCCCCACCAAGAGAUAGAGAGGAAGGAAGCUGCAAAACAUCAUUUCCUGGCACGACAGGGAAUGUAUCACUAUGUCUUAUCACCCAAUUCCCACCAUUAACACUCGUCACAUAGACCUCAUAUCAGGCCCCGACACACCCAACUGCUGCCAGUUCACAUUCAUGUGCACAUGGACUAGGAUUAUUAUAAGACAACUAUAGUGAUGGUGUCAGUGUCCGAAGCACAACACACAGUCAUGUAUCUGUUCAAAUCAACAUUAAACACACAUCAUACUGAAAAAAUGAUAGAUAUGACAGAUAUACAUAACAAUAACAUUCUGUGUAAAUCACUGAGGUAAUGGUGAAUGAAAGGUUGGCAAACCUAUAGUGCCAUAUGACAUGUGUUGCAUUAUUAUAAAGCAAGCAUUCAUCAGUCUGUUAUAGCUUAAGGAAAAUAUCACACUUUCAACCUCAUCUCACUCCCUGGUUUUGUUGUUGUACUCGGCUGAACCAGCCAGAGCUUUGUUUGGAGCACACUCACACUGACUGAGGGUAAAAUUUGUGUAACUGAAAAUGGAUUAAGUUAUACAGUUAUCAGUUUCAAUGCACAUGAUUCACAUUUUAAUUCCCUCUAUUCAUAAAUAAUGUCCAGUCUUUAAGUUUCAGAGAGGUUUGCAUACCAUGCUAAAGGGGUUCUCUGCCAGAGAGAUGCAUGCUGGGUAAAUAUGGCAACCAGAAUUAUGUACAUAACAUAUUUUCUCUCACAAUAGUGAUUUUAUAGUAAUUUGCCCAGGUGUUGAGAUAUUUGCCUCUAGCUUAGGUGAAUGGAAUGUUAUUUGUGGUGCAGUUCUGAAAAAAUUAACGGUGACAUAUCUAAAAUAAAAGAUAUGCUGCAGAAUGUUUGGUGUGGUUUCCUGUAGGCUAAAUGACACAUUGGCUAAUUCAUACUCAAACAAAGAGGAACUAGCCAGAAUGUUUCACAAACAGAUGUGGAGCUGUGGAAGCAGGUUACGAUCCAUCUUCUUGAUUAUUUUUUAUUUAAUUUUUUUAACUAACCAAACUGAAUCUGCUCUUUCUGCACACUGUACAGAAACAUUAGGGGUGACUAAACAGAUGUCUAUUUUCUAGCCGGAAGAUCAAAAUGUUUCACCACAGGAAAAUGUUUUGUUAUUCCAGUAGACAUAAAUUGUCAAUACAGUGGGUUUACUGGAUAACAGAGAAAAAUUGUAUUUAGAUUUUUCUCUGUGUUGGGAACAUUGCAUUAGCUUAUGAUCAGGUCAUCACAAGCUAAUGUAUGGAGUGCUGAGAUCGCAAACAGCACUGCCAGACUUACUGUUUUUCACCCAGUUGGGCUGUUUUUUCUUUAACUGGGUGGUUUUCAUAAUUUGAGCUAAAGUGUGACUUACCCUUUCCAAGAAUAUCAUCAUCUCUCAUAUCCAUUGUAAGGAAAUGGCCAUAAAUCUUCUUAGAAAAAAGGACGCUUCUUGUAACUCCUGCUUGAGAAAUAUCACAUAAGUUUACCUCAGUAUCAGAGUAAUCCAGUGAUAGUUGUCUGCACACCAUGGCCACAGUAUCUGUUAACAGUAAAUUCAGCAUAUUAAUUGUUAAUAUUCUAAAUGUAAACAUGUAUGAUUUUAAAAAAUGGGACUCAGGUUGUAUCCUGCAGUAUAACUGAGUAUCACUGAGUCUGUGGCAACAUUAUGCUUACAAUUUCUUGUAAAUAUAUAUAAAUCUGCUAACACUAGUCACUAAUGGGGUUAUAUGUGCUGUAGGUAUGUGUUGGUAUAUCUCAAAAAUAAAUAGAGCACUUUUCACCAAGGGUAUAAUUUAUGAUUUGGUGAUGUAACACCCUAUAUUUUAGCUACUUUUUGGUCUUGUUAAAAUAAUUCAAACAAAUAAAGAAAAAGAAGCUAAUUUUGACUGGCACACUGUGACAUGAUAUGCUAUUUUGGUGAGUUACCAUUUCAUGAGAAGACAUCACGCCAUAGCCCUGCUUUGUUCAUUACUGCAAUGACUCUCACAGGUUUAUUUACUUCUCAUGACCCUUCCAGUUGAGGGCGUUUACGGUAAAAGUCAGUGAACCCUGUGGUUUGAGUGUGCCAUUUCCCACUAAUACCAAUAUUCAAAUUCAGGAAAUAAGGUUACUAAUUGAAGUACUUAGAACCAUAUGCACACACAGUAUGAGUAAGGUGGUACAAAUCAAUUGAGAGGCGUGAAGAUGCAUUCUUCCUCACACAUACUGUGUUUAAAAACCCUCCCUCCAAUCCAUCCAGUGCUGAUACUUUCUGCUGGAUUCUGCAGUCAGUCAGAAGGACAUUAUGGAUUUUUGGUGCAUGGUCGGGUACUAUAACAAAAUCAUUUCUUCAUCUGACUUCCAUCAACUUAGAACCUCCAACCAGGAUUGAAAUACAUAAUUGAUUUCCAUAAUUAACCUGAACAAAGAUAGGUUUCAUCCCUGCUGUCAGCUACAUACACUCAAGCCACAAUUCUCACUUCUGGCAACAAAUCCAAUUCUUCAACAUCUCUAUUCUAAUUUAAAUUCUGUUGGCUAUUUUUAAGAUAAGAGUGCUAAAUGUGUUUUGAAUAUUUCCCUCAGUGGUUUAUCUGGAAUUAUACACUGAUUGAUUACAUCACUAAGUAUUUCAGACCUGAUAUAUGUGAAUGGUUUCAUCCUGCCAUGAUGAAGAACCAUUUUUUAUUUUUUCUGCACAUCUAAUCAAAUUCCAUUCAUGUUUUGUGUAAUUUAAGAUGGUAAGUGAAGAAAGUGAAAGAUAAUCUUUAAUUUUUUUCCCAAUAUGUUUCCUUAAAUGUGACUAACUGGAUUUUCCUUUUCAUUUCUGCAAGCAAAGAGUGUCAAAAAUGGAAAUGUGUGCUUUUGUAAUGCUUAGCGGUGGCCUAUGUUGCAUCGAGAGCAUCCUGUCUGUGCUGUACACCCCAUCACAGUCAACAUUCAGUCUCAUUCUGGAUGUAUCUCAGCUAUGUCUACUGUAUCUCAUAAACGUGUUGAAAUUCUGUUUUUUAAAAGUGAGCUCAGACACACACACACACACACACAUGCAGUACACAACCGUACUCUCACUAUGUAUAAUGCUUUGGUGUAAGACUAACCCUGUUUCAUGAGAUAAAAAGUUCACUGUUGCGUCCAUGAUAUUCUGUCACCUGAGUUGGUCGGUCCCAUGCUCUUUUUUGCUUCACGCAUGGCCUUCGGCUUCAUAUCACUAUUCUUGUGCCUUGUUUAACUACUGUAAAUGGUGAAUGUUGUAAAGUACAGAUGGGGAUGAAAAAAGAACAAUUAAUCAUACUGACAUACAUUUAAAGGUAUUAGUUGAAAAGUAUUUAAGAUUAUAAUAUUGAAUAGGCUGCAGAGCUUUUCUAGUGCUGAACAUCUAUGUUUGGUAAUGCCAGGGCAGCUUUGUGGUAUAUUGUAUCUAUAAUUAUGGACAUUUUGGAUGUUUUCUGUACAGUAGAAUUUGCAAAUGUAUAUGCAGCCUUUUGGAAAUAAAUGUACAGUUGAAAGAUCUCAA